GAUUUAUAUGAUCAUACAACUUCUUACGUUUGCAUGGAGCUGCAACGAAAUCAUUAUUCAGAGCGCAGAGUUGGCCGCAGCCCUUUUUGAAAGCGACUGGUACAACUGCGACUCGAAAACGAAAGUUAUAGUGCACAUAAUGAUGAUGAGGUGUCAGAAGCCACUGUGUCUGCGGAACGGCAGUUUUGGUGUGAUGGAUUUGGAAGUGGGAGUCUCAAGACUCAAGCUGGCCUAUUCGUACACAUCCCUUAUGAAAAAUGGAGACAAUAUUGAAUAAUAUCCCAG